AUCAUGGAUGCACUAUCAGAAGCAAAUGGCACAUUUGCAUUAAACCUUUUGAAAAAGCUAGGGGAAAACAACUCGAACAACAUGUUUUUUUCACCCAUGAGCAUGUCGUCAGCCUUGGCCAUGGUCUUCAUGGGGGCAAAGGGAAACACCGCAGCUCAGAUGUCUCAGGCACUUUGUUUUAGUAAAAUCAGAGGUGAAGAUGGAGAUAUUCAGCGAGGUUUCCAGUCACUUCUUGUUGCAAUUAACAGAACUGACACUAAAUAUGUGCUUAGAACUGCCAACGGGCUCUUUGGAGAAAAGUCUUAUGAUUUCCUCACAGGUUUUACAGAUUCCUGUGGCAAAUUCUACUAAGCAAAGAUAAAACAGCUUGACUUUGUGAAUGAUACAGAGAAGUCCACAACACAUGUAAACUCCUGGGUUGCUGAUAAGACUAAAGGUAAAAUUACGGAGGUGCUGUCUCCACGUUCAGUUGACUCAUUGACUAAGCUGAUUCUUGUGAAUGCCAUCUACUUCAAAGGAAUCUGGAAUAGUCCAUUUGAACAACACAAAACGAGGGAAAUGCCUUUCAAAAUCAGCAAGAACAAAGAAAAACCUGUGCAAAUGAUGUUUCAGAAAUCUACUUUUCAAAUGACCUAUGCAAAAGAAAUAUUAACCAAAAUUCUACUGCUUCCUUAUGUUGGAGAGGAGCUGAAUAUGAUCAUCAUGCUUCCAGAUGAAAACACUGAUUUGAAAACGGUGGAAAAAGAACUUUCUUAUGAGAGAUUCAUAGAAUGGACAAUGCCAGACAAGAUGCAUAAACGAGAGAUGGAAAUUUUCCUUCCUAGAUUUAAACUGGAGGAAAAUUACAACAUGGAAGAUGUCCUUCGUAGUAUGGGCAUGGUCGACGCCUUUGAACAGGGCAGGGCAGACUUCUCAGGAAUGUCGUCUAAGAAGGGGCUAUACUUGUCCAAGGUCAUGCACAAGUCCUUUGUGGAGGUCAAUGAGGAAGGCACAGAAGCAGCAGCAGCUACCACCUUAAAAGUAGCUUUAUUGUGUCGCAGAUACCCCCUCAGGUUCUGUGCAGACCAUCCCUUCCUUUUCUUCAUCCAGCACAGAGAAACCAAUGGUAUUCUCUUCUGUGGCCGGUUUUUUUCUCCAUAA